AUGCCUCCGAAUUCCUCACCUGAAACUCCUCUUAGUCCGAUAGACCUUCCGCAGUCCUCCCCCGAUCCUCCCGAGCCAACUGAUAGCGCACAUGAUGAUAACGUGAACUUCCUGCGAUCGCGACCAACCCUGUUCAACCCUUUACUUCCCUCUUUAAGUCGACACCGUCGACGUCGCUACCCUCCAAACCCACCCCCCGAAAGUUUAGAUCGCAUGGAGGUCGACGACCCUCCUACCAACCAGCGCGCCUCGGUUGAGAUCAACCGUCGCAUCCCUAUCGUUCGCCGCGGAGAACCCCCGGCCGAAACGCCAAACUACGAGGGGCGCAUGGCAAAUCCACGCUCGUUGUAUGGCUGGGCGCCAGGGUCAGACGAUGAAGAUGCUCCCGGUCGCGGCGACGAAGAAUCAGAUGACGACCAAGUGCAGCCAUUUCUCAACGCCAUCUCAACCCGCGGCUCGGCCCCAUCGCGACCUUUGCGACACGAGACAACAGGUCCGCCACCACUGCUAGGACCUGAAUCUGAUGAUUUGCCCGCCCGUCCUCGAUCUCGGCAACCGCCAAUCUCAGCAAUGGCAGCGUUGCUACAGUCCGCAAGACGCCAACCCCGACUUUCAAGAACUCGCACACUCGAAAAUUAUCUCCUGGAACGGUACUCAGAUCAAAGUCAGGAAUCAGAAGACGCUGAUCACGGGGUGGCGUCUGCGUCUCGUGCUUACCGCUAUCGUCCUUCCAACCGCUCGGACUCAAACAACAUCCUCACCCAUAACGACUUGCGCGCUCGCGCCGCCGCUCACCGCCAGUUACAUUCUGACAGCUUCUCCAGUAAUGUCCUUAAAGAAACGAUCAACUAUCUUGACCGCCUCCGGUACUCUACCUCUCUCGAAGAGAGCAUGCUCGCGGCCGCUGAUAGCCGCUUACCGUUCGAUAUGGACAACAAAUCGUGGACUGAUACCGAUUUCAUUCUUUACACUCCUAACAUCGCACCUCCCCCGGAGUGUUCAUGGCUUCGAUCGGGUAUGGCCUUUUCAGGCUGUCAGCGCGCUGCGAGCGCCGGGUGCUCCGUAUUACCGCAGCGGGUUCCUAGCCCGCACGCCCCCGGUGAACCGGUUAUUGUGAAUGGCAGCGACAGCGCUAGGAUCAGCGUAUCUACCACUAGUGGUCGCCGGUAUUUGGCCAACAACCGCGAUGAGAACUGGCCCGUCAAGGUUACUAUCCAUGACAUCAACCUCGAUGAUAUGACUUUGUCCGGCACGAUGGAAGCCUACAACAUUCCUGAUAAAACGUCACCAACGCACGAUGCUCACAUUGUAACCUUCCUGGAGGGAGAAAUUAUUGACUUCAACAAACACACUCUCGAGACCAAGAACUUCAAGGCCGAUGCAGACAUUGACAGUACUUAUUGGCGAGAACUACAGCCAUUCAAGGAUCUGACUGAUGGCGAGAUGGCUCAGAAGCUUGUGAGCCGAAAGUGGAUCACAGAGGAAUUGUCCACUGGUUGGAUUCUGAUGCGAUGGAAGGAACGAUGCUUCGUUACCCCGACCGAUGCCCGACAAGGCUUAACUAUCUCUGGAUUCUAUUACAUCUCCCUCCGUCGUGAGGAUGGGCACAUCGAAGGCCUGUACUACGAUCCCGGAAGUUCUCCUUACCAACAGCUUUCCCUAAAGCCACAGAGGCCACAAAUGAUGAGACCCUCUUAUGGAUUCCGCUGA